AUGAUAGUCCAUCUGUUCUCAACAGAUCCUAGGCCGGAACUAUUGGUAUCGAUAAUGGUGCCACCGGACGAAGGAACACCAGUGUCACACUACCUCUUGGAACUGGACACCCAUAUAUCACGCGCUGAGACGCAAGAAAUGUCACCAGACAAACUGAACCAGGAAGUGUUGUACGCAGAUAUCAAUCAAUCUUUCCCAGACAAGGUACGUGAGAUUUCGAUUAAAGGGCCAACUUACGGCAUCAUGAAACUCGCCGACUUGUCUUGGACUGAAUUUUAUUCGAGAGCAGACCAGACGUUUUCGAAACGGCCGAAUUCUGUGGUGAAAUUCACACCAUCUACUAAGAAGACAAUGCCCAACACGAAUGGAGGACCAGGUAACGGUCGAGAUUCUCAUACGGGUACGGGAAACAACAAAGGAAAAAAAGAAUAA